AUGAGAACGAGUAGUAUCAAUGCUGUUAUGAUUGGAAUUGCUAUCUGUGAUUUCUUGAAUAUGAUUUACAUUUUAUAUAACAGUACUUCAUAUUUUGUGGCUGCACAACCGGAAUGCAUAAAUUCUGCUUCAUACUUGAAAACGAUACUAGGAGUUCUCGUUAUUGGCCUAAGAGACAUUUGCCGUCGCCUUACUUCUUGGCUUGGAGUUCUCCUCGCCACUAUUCGUCUCAUUAUCCCAGAGUUUAGCAGUGUUUUCAUGUUAGAUCCUGAGACUGCUUCUAAAAUUUUUUACAUAACCGAUGGAGCUUCAAAGAUAACUUCCGCAAUAUUACUGCCUAUUUUAACAAUAUUUCUGAUAAUUGAACUCAACUUGGCAAGAAAAACAAUCAGUGUUGCUCAGUUAAGAAAUCCGUCAAAUAGCUCAAAAACAGAUAACACGACAAAGCUUGUGAUUUUUAUGACAAUAACUUUUGUGAUAGCGGAUGGUCCCAUCGGAGUAAUCAGUCUUGCUCAAGGAGUUCUUGCUGAGAAAAAUAUGAUGAAAUCACUAAUGACCCUGUCCAUGAUUUUAUCAAUCUUGGGAAUUUUCAUAACAUUAAACUCAUCAAUCCAUUGUAUCAUCUGUCUAGUCGCUUCAUCCCCGUAUCGAGAAACAGUGAAAUCUUUGUUCUGUUGCCAGAAAGAUUACUCGAAUACGAUUUUCAAAUCUUCUCGUCGCAGUGGAUCCGCGAUUAGUGCACUUCAGAAAACGUCUAACUAA